AUGCCUCGCUUUUUCGACGACCAGCAAAUGCACGAUGCGCUUCGAAAUCAGGCCAUUCCCACCCUUGCCAGCCUUGCCGCAAACCCAGGCCUGCAUGAUCGUUCUCUGAGGCGCUUUGAACGCGAUGAUCCUCCACCUUACGCGUCAUCUACGGACUCGGGGGACCUCGAUUACCCUCCUGUUCAACUGCCCCCGUAUGACAAAAUACCAGACCAUUUGGCAGCUAUCAUAGAACGACCGCUUGAUGACCGUGAACAAAAGUCUAUUGCAUGGCAGCUGCGCGAAUGCAUUUAUCCCCGGGACUCUUAUCUCACAGAAGCUAGAGUCGAGGAACGUCGGGUGGAAGGCUACCGCCCACGCAAGAUCAUGAUAUUUGUGAGACGAAGUCGACCAAAAGCAAUAGGUGUCAUGGUCCGCCACAACAUCAAGCGCCGGUGGCAGAAACUUGGCAUCUGGAAUCCCAGGUGGGGGUUUCCUGGCCGCAACACCCAACACAGCGACAAAAUAUCUCGAUGGGAAUGGCCAUGGCAGAGAUGCCAUGGUCAAGUCGGCGACAUGGAUCAUGGUGAAGAUGAUGCUGCGGCAACCGCAGCACUGGAGGCAAUGGCAAAGGAGAAUGUGGAGCUCGUUUUACGCGCCCUACGUCUCCGUCAGAACCUACGUCGCGGAGAAGCUGUCCCGGUAGAUCCGCGAUCUCGCCUCAAGGACAAUGCGACCAAAUCUGAUGCCGAGUCGUUCCUCCUCUCCAGGCCCUGGUUUAUAUUCAAUCUCGAGAGAGCAGAAGAAAGCACUAGGUACCAUCGACUUGAAGUAGAAGAACAGCGCCGCCUCCCACGCUCUGCUCAUAAGCAAAUUGUUGACUGGUGGAAGGAGCGUGGAGAUUGGAGGGACGAGUUUGAGACCAACGGGUGUGUUACCUCGUGGAAGUGGCGACACGAGUCUCCCUCCCCUGAGCCGGAAGACCUCUCGCCUAUCGAUAAAAUGGAAGUGAGCCCGCUGGACGCUGCUGAAGAGAUGGAGUUUACCCCCUCUGAGAUUGGCGACUUGGAGACCAUUGAGCUUUCUGACGACGAGCAGCCUGAAGGGUUCUGGCUUAUGCCGGAUGGGUUAGAUGGACUACGAGGUACGUAUCCGGGGGAAAGUGUGGAUGUUGCGAAACGGGAGGACAGGAAGCGCCGUCGUUGGGCAUUCAUGUACGGGUAUAAGUUGCCUGAGCCAAGUUCCCCCCCACGCACACGUCUACUUCCACCUGGUGUCAAGUUGUUUGGCAAUCUAGAACCAAACGAGCCAAAGGACGCAACACAAGAGCUCGAGGAGAGCAUACAGGACGACGCACAUGGGCCACGACAUGCUAAGAGCCGUCAGUCUCUGGCGCAGAAACUCCCACGCCAGCGUGGGCGACGCCAGCGAGAUGAGGCUGAUGGGAUCACGGAGUCGAGUCAACAUCCGCCACUCAGACGCAGUGCUAGGAUCGCAGCCUUGAAACGCCCAGCUGAGCCUAUGGUAUCGCCAGCAGAGUCACGGCCCACGAAGAAACCUAGGACUCGAGAGACAACAAAAACAAAAACAGCAAAAACAAAAACUAAACCAAAACCUGCGGUGGCUACCGCCCCAACUCCCUCGCGUAGGGCCCAACGAUCCAAGACGAAGCCUCUUACUAAACCACUACCGCAAAACAAAGAGGCGGCACCACGAUCUACGCGAGGACGAGGGCGUCCAGCAAAGGACAGCAAGGCUAGCACCCAAUCUGCCAGGGUAAAAAAACAGCCGACCAGAGGCGCUCGGUCAAGAUAG